CUGCGCCGGGGAACCUUUUCUGUGGAACACGAAAGGCUAUUUGCUUGUGUUCUCUUCUGUUUGUGAGAAAAUCGAGUUUCCUUUUAAGAAAAUCAAAAUAAUUUUGCAGAAAGAGAGAAACUGAGGGGGAGAUGUCGGCUUUUGCGGAUGAUUAUGGGGCGGAGUAUGAUCCAUAUGCCUACAAUGCUGAUUAUGAUCUCCAUACAGGUGACCCUAAGCAGGACCUUGCUUAUGAGCGUCAAUAUGAACAGCAAACUUAUCACGUGAUCCCAGAAGUCAUCAAAAAUUUCAUCCAGUACUUCCAUAAGACAGUGACUGACCUGAUUGAUCAAAAGGUUUAUGAGUUACAAUCUAACCGUGUAUCCAGUGAUGUGAUUGAACAGAAACUUUAUGAAAUUCAGGACAUCUAUGAAAACAGCUGGAAUAAACUGACAGAAAGGUUCUUCAAAAACUCCCCUUGGCCUGAGGCUGAAGCUAUUGCAUCCAUAUGUCGAAAUGAUGCUGUUUUCCUUAUUCUGUACAAAGAACUCUACUACAGACACAUUUAUGCUAAAGUCAGUGGAGGACCUACAUUGGAGCAGAGAUUUGAAUCAUAUUACAAUUACUGCAAUCUGUUCAACUACAUUCUGAAUGCGGAUGGUCCAGUUCCCCUGGAGCUCCCAAACCAGUGGCUGUGGGACAUUAUUGAUGAGUUCAUUUACCAGUUCCAGUCUUUCAGUCAGUACCGCUGCAAAACAGCGAAAAAAACAGAGGAGGAAAUUGACUUCCUGCGGUCAAAUCCCAAAAUCUGGAAUGUUCACAGUGUCCUUAAUGUCCUCCAUUCACUGGUUGACAAAUCCAACAUCAACCGGCAGCUAGAGGUCUACACCAGUGGAGGAGAUCCUGAGAGUGUUGCUGGGGAGUAUGGACGUCACUCUCUAUAUAAAAUGCUGGGAUAUUUCAGCCUGGUAGGGCUUCUGCGUCUCCACUCACUGCUUGGAGAUUACUACCAGGCUAUCAAAGUGCUUGAGAACAUUGAACUCAAUAAAAAGAGUAUGUACUCCCGAGUACCAGAAUGUCAAGUCACCACUUAUUAUUAUGUGGGCUUUGCCUACCUGAUGAUGCGCCGUUACCAGGAUUCUAUUCGUGUUUUUGCCAACAUAUUGCUGUACAUUCAGAGGACCAAGAACAUGUUUCAACGUUCAACCUACAAAUAUGAGAUGAUAAACAAACAGAAUGAACAGAUGCAUAGUCUGUUGGCAAUCGCCUUGACACUGUACCCAAUGAGGAUUGAUGAGAGUAUCCACACACAGCUACGAGAAAAAUAUGGAGACAAAAUGCUGCGUAUGCAGAAAGGUGAAAUGCAGAUUUUUGAGGAGCUGUUCAGCUUUGCUUGUCCGAAGUUCCUGUCACCAGUGGUACCAAAUUAUGAGUCAGUCCAUCCUAACUACCACAAAGAGCCAUUCCUACAACAGCUGAAAGUGUUUAUGGAUGAGGUACAGCAACAGUCUGUACUGUCCACUAUACGCAGCUUCUUAAAGCUGUAUACCACAAUGCCUGUUGUCAAACUGGCUGGAUUUCUAGACAUGACUGAGCAGGAGUUCCGCAUCAAUCUAUUGGUCUUCAAGCACAAGAUGAAGAACCUAGUGUGGACUAGCGGGAUCUCGGCCCUGGAUGGUGAAUUUCAAUCUGCUUCAGAGGUUGACUUCUACAUUGAUAAGGACAUGAUCCACAUCGCAGAUACCAAAGUGGCACGGCGAUAUGGUGACUUCUUCAUUAGGCAGAUUCACAAAUUUGAAGAGCUCAACAGAAGUUUGAAAAAAAUCAACCCCCGGUAAUGGAGCUUCUGUUCCCACAGCAGCCAAAUUUCCUGCACCCGAGAACACAGUGACUGGUUGUUGUGCAAAGUUCUCCUGUAACUUUUGUUUUUGAUUUCUGAAUGGCCAGCUGCAUUGCUUGGUUGUAUGUGAUCCAUAGACGCAAGUGUGUCAAAGCUCUCAAACUACCAUUUAUACCUUGGUAACAAAUUUGCUGGCCUUCCAUAAAAUAAGACAAAGAACUGCAGGUGCUGGAAAUCUGAAACAAACCAGAACGGAAAUUGCAGGGGGGAAUCUCAGCAGGUCUCAAGAGAAACAGUCAAUGUUUUGGGUCCAAUGACCCUUCAUUCGAAGAUUUUAAAGAAUUAUCACUAGGCUUGAAAUGUUGAGUCUGCUUCUCUCUUCAGAGAUGCUGCCAGACUUGCUGAGUUUCUCCAGCAAAUUCUAAUCUUUGAUUGUUUUCUCUCUUGUUUUAUACUGUAUACAGCUCAAAUCUUAGCCUGCUUUUCUUUCCCCCUUUAGUGUGAGCUGAUGCUGGCAUUUUGUGAGGGAUGUUGUGAACAUUAAAAAAAAAAUCACAAUGCCUUGGGCUGUAUGUAUUAUAAAAUAAUAAAUGGUUACUUUAUUACAAAUCUUCAAAUGUGUUACAAUCCUAAAUGAGUCAGCACCUCAUGAUAUUCAAAUGUUCUGGUGCUCAGCAUAAAUGCAGACAGUGCCAUAAAAACACAUAUUUGCUGCCCAUGUCUUGACAAAUUUUCAGGUGAAUUUGCACUGCAUGGACUGAAGUAUCAUUGUCUCCUUAUUGUGGACAACUGGUUAUGAAUGGACCCACCAGCUGCCUACAACCACCUCCUUGUCUGUAAUGUAUUCAUGACUGAUUUCAUGUCCUUUGAUAAUCAGGAUGUGUUUGGAUAUUCAAAAUAACACCAAAUCUUUCAAUAAAAAUGUAGUUGUACUUGUCUUUUAUUCCAGAAUAUUAGCGGUCUGAGUGUUUCAUAUUACUGAUUGUUGAGUGAAGCCCAGAACAUGCAACAAAAUCUAACCAAUGUUUGGAUAAAAUAAAAAAUGCAACCGAA